UAUUUACUGUCGCAAUGCAAUCUGACCAGGCUAGACGAUGCCACUGUUAGUCACGACCAUCGCAAGAGCAACAACAACAACAAUAAUAAGAAUAAUCCGAUUAAUGAUAACCAACAAAACAAUGAUAAAGAGAAUUGUGUGAUUUGUGAUUUGGGCCUAGAACUGGACUACAUUGAUGCUGAGGAUGUUGGCAAUGUUAACGAUGAUGAUGACUAUAAUACAGAUUGCCUAGAAGCGCUACUGCUGGCACAGCAGCUGCAGCAGCUGCAACUGUCGAUGCGCAGUGGUCGUGUGAGUGACAGUCAGAUGGGAGGCGUUGCCAAUGGCGGUCAUCUGCUUGGUCUCAUUGCAUUCGCACGUAAAAUAGCGCGCGUGCUACUUUCGCUCUCAUUGUUAUGCUGCAUUUUGUUCCUCAGCUUCUACCUGGGCAACAGCUACGACGUUCACAAUGGGCAAGCAACAGCCUCAGAUCACCCUCAUUCAGCAGCAUCAGCAACAACAGCGACAGACAUGUCCUUGGUCAACAGCACCUUGAGAAACACAUCAUCAACCACCAUUAACAACAACAGCAUCGCAAUCAACUCUUCGGCUUCGGCAGUUAAUAGCCAUCAUUCACCAGAAACAUAUUCCAUAUAGAGAGAGAUCACCACAAUAUACAAUUUAGUAAUGUAUAUUAUACAAUAUACAAGAGUCACAAGUGCAAAAUUUCUCCAACACUCUUCUUAAGAUUGUAAUUUCAAAAUUCGCUUGAAGCAGAGAGCUUCGAGUAUUGUGUAGAAUUUAUCUUUGAUCAACUUUAGCCCAACCCAUCAAAAGGAAACAGCCGCUGGAAACAAUGAAUUUGUAGUAAUUCCAUGUACGAUAUAUAUACUAUGUAAAUUAUAAACAAUUUAAUAUUAAUAAUUAAACAAAAAAGUUGAUUAGUUUGUAAAUACA